AGGCUGAUGUAAGUUCACACUUGUAGUGCGCUCUACCCAAGCGAUCUGUCCUGCCAUUGCUGGGCUCUUUACCACAGCCAGCGGACUGGAGUGUGUAUGUGGUGUGUAUGUGAGGACCAAUAAACACACACCAGACCAGUACUGCUGCUCCAGCUUCAGACAGACAACAGAACUGAUACCAGAGCUAUACUGUAGCAUUCGGCUGGUGUUCAAGACUGGGCUUUUUGGAUCUGAAGAUAUGUUCUAUCCUCCCUGUUUUGGAUUGGAAUAUAUUCUAUUUUACAGACUGCUUUUCUAGGGAGGAUAUUUAUUUGUUUUUUUACUUCUUGGUUCAUUCAGGAGAGAACCAACCAAUGCAGAAUAGUGUGGGUACAGGAAUAGAAGCAGGACACAGCAUGGUCCAGAGAGCAGGUGUGUGGCCAUAAGGGAACAAGCUACUACGAGYCUGGGCCUGGGAGAAGCGAUCCUACCAUUGUCCUGUCGUCCACGGGUCUCCUGAGGAGUACGUACCACUCUGUUACUGGAGUAUCUAGAACUUCCCUAGCCCUGGAUUCAUGGAAAACGGCAUUCUGUGUUUCCUGCAAGGCUGGAGUACAUAAGUGAUACAGCCCUGGAGUGAGUCUUUGGAAGCAGGGAUUAAUAGAGAAGAUUUCAACAUACAUCUCCAUCUGCUGGACGGGGAAAGGAUUCUUGUGUGGCUGCAGAAGGAUUAUUUACGGAUCCUUCAGGGUUCCUGAGUGAUCACACUGCCAGACUACACCAGACGCCACAACCUCCAAACAAGAUGACCGCCCAAUGCAAGAACUUCCUCCUCUUCCUGACCAGAGUAGGACUACUCCUGGGUCUGGCUAACCCUCUGGUGACCUCAGCCUCCUGCCCCUCGGCCUGCCGGUGUGAUGGGACCUUCAUCUACUGUAAUGAUCGAGGCCUCACCUCUAUUCCUACCGGCAUUCCGCUGGAUGCUACUGUACUCUUCCUCCAAAACAACAGGAUCAAGAGUGCUGGUAUUCCCACCGACCUGAAGAGGCUAAGCAAUGUUGAGAAGAUCUAUCUGUACUGUAAUAAUCUGGACGAGUUCCCCCAAAACCUGCCGAUAGGAGUCAAAGAGCUGCAUCUACAGGAGAAUAAUAUUCGGAUGAUUACGCAUGCAUCGCUGGGUCAGAUCCCACUGAUCGAGGAGCUACACCUGGAUGAUAACUCUGUCUCGGCGGUUAGCAUCGAGGAGGGAGCGUUCAGGGACAGCAACCACCUGAGAUUACUUUUUCUGUCCAGGAACCACCUGAGCACCAUCCCGUCCGGCCUUCCGCAGACCAUCGAGGAGCUGCGCUUCGACGACAACCGGAUCUCGUCGAUAUCGGAGGCGUCCCUCCAGGACCUGAUCAACCUAAAGAGACUCGUCCUGGACGGGAACCUACUCAACAACCGUGGCAUCGGCGAGAUGGCCUUCAUCAACCUGAUUAAUCUCACCGAGCUGUCCCUGGUGAGAAACACACUGACGUCUCCGCCGGCUAACUUACCGGGAACCAGUCUUGAAAAAUUGCAGCUCCAAGACAACCACAUCAACCGGGUACCGGCCGGGGCUUUCGCUUUCCUCAGGCAGCUGUAUCGACUGGAUCUAUCGGGCAACAACCUGAGCAGUCUGCCUCAAGGAGUGUUUGAAGACCUGGAUAACCUCACGCAGCUCCUGCUCCGUAACAACCCAUGGCAGUGUACUUGCCGGAUGAAGUGGGUGAGAGACUGGUUAAGGUCGCUGCCGACAAAAGUCAACGUUCGAGGGUUUAUGUGCCAGGGGCCGGACAAGGUGAAGGGCAUGGCUAUAAAGGAUCUGUCUACUGACUUGUUUGACUGUGGAGGCUCUGACUUGGGCGGGAGCCAGGGGGCCCCUACCUUCGAGACCAGCACCGUCUCUAACACCUUACCCCCCUCACAUCCACAAUGGCCCUCCUUUGUCACUAAAAGACCAGUGGUGAAAAUGCCUGAACUGAGUAAGAACCACCGCAGUACUACGACACCAUCAGGUAGAAAGAUCAUCAGGAUCAGCGUGAAGUCGAGCAGUGCAGAGACAGUGCACAUCUCCUGGAGGGUUUCUGUACCCAUGACUGCCCUAAGGCUUAGCUGGUUAAAACUGGGCCACAACCCUUCAUUUGGUUCCAUCACGGAGACCAUCGUACAGGGGGAGAAGACGGAGUACCUCCUAACAGCUCUAGAACCGGAAUCCUCAUACAGGAUAUGCAUGGUUCCCAUGGAGACCAGCAACAUUUACCUGUCGGAUGAGACGCCGGUUUGCAUUGAGACAGAGACCAGUUCUCUGAAGGCCUACAACCCCACCACCACUCUGAACCGCGAGCAGGAAAAGGAGCCUUACAACAAUUCCAGUCUGCCUUUAGCCGCGAUCAUCGGAGGGGCUGUGGCUCUGUUGGCAAUGAUAAUGCUGGCGAUCGUGUGCUGGUACGUGCACAGGAAGGGUUCGCUGUUUUCCAGGAAUUGCACCUACAACAAGGGCCGAAGGAGGAAGGACGAUUACGCAGAGGCGGGGACGAAGAAGGAUACCUCGAUCUUGGAGAUACGAGAGGCCUCUUUCCAGAUGAUUCCUAUACACCCCGUGCCCGUGUCCAAAGAGGAGUUUGUGAUACAUACCAUUUUCCCUCCGAAUGGAUUGAGUCUGUACAAAAGCCCGCACAGCGAGACCAGUAUUAGCAACAGGAGCUACAGAGACAGUGGAAUACCUGAUUCAGACCACUCCCAUUCAUGAUAUUGAUAACGCAGAACAUUUUAUUAUAAAUGAGUGCGUUCGGUGAUGACUUGAAACUAAGUGGCUAUAAGACAUUGUUAUAAAACACUGGAUCUAAAAGACUGAUUGGGAAAGCAAUGUUCUUCUGUACAUUUGCCCAUAUAAUUUAUAUUUAAGGACAUUUUAUGACGAAGAGGAGAACAAACAUGGUUCACAUUGCAGACAGUAGGCCCAUCACUGAGCCGCAGGUCAGUGUAUGUUGUAAUUAAAACUGCAAUUCUAUAUUUUAGGGGUUUUUAGUAAUUUGUACUGUAUUUCCUUUGGCUUAAGGUUACCUAACAACCAAGUAUAAAAAACAAACUCUGUUCUACUGAGAUAUGAUGACUUGUCAACUGUGAAAGUGGGUUUUCAUUGCUGUGUUGAACAAUCAGACUUGUAGAAUAAAGCACAGGUCAUUCCUU